AUGUCGGCGCCAAUCUUUGCACAAGAGGUGAGUGCGAAGCGAUUGCGUCACAUUCCGCUCCAACCCCGACUUUGCCUCCCUUGCUCAACCUUGCCCCGGCGCGCUGAUCGAUAGGCGACGCAAGAGCGGGCAGAGAAUGCUCGUCUAUCUUCCUUUGUCGGUGCGCUGGCUCUGGGAGACUUGGUCAAGACCACGCUGGGUCCCAAAGGCAUGAACAAGAUCCUUCAGAGCGUAGGAUCCAACGACAUCGUAGUCACCAAUGAUGGAGCUACGAUUCUGAAAUCCAUCCACCUCGACAAUCCAGCUGCCAAAAUCCUCGUCAACAUUUCCAAGGUGCAGGAUGACGAGGUUGGAGAUGGAACGACGUCGGUCUGCGUGCUUGCUGCUGAAUUGCUCAGAGAGGCGGAAAAGUUGAUCGAGAUGCGCAUACAUCCUCAGACCAUCGUAGAGGGCUAUCGCAUCGCUACUGCGGCCGCAUUGAGAGCGCUCGACGCAUCUGCAAAAGACAAUGGGUGGGUUUGGCGUGGUGAAUGGACUGCAUUGCCGUGGCUGAAUUCCAGCUCGUCUCCCGCGUCUCUCGACUUUUAGAAAGGUACCCGAAGCAUUUCGACAAGAUCUCUUCAACAUUGCCAAGACAACGCUCUCCUCCAAGGUGCUGUCUGCGGACAAGGACUACUUUGCCAAUCUGGCAGUGGACGCCGUGCUCAGGCUAAAAGGCUCGACAAAUUUGGAGAAUAUACAAAUCAUCAAAAAGGUCGGCGGCAAGUUGGAGCAUAGCUACCUGGACGAAGGAUUCAUUCUCGACAAGCGCAUCGGCACCAACUGCCCCAAGCGUCUUGAAGGGGCAAGAAUCCUCAUCGCCAACACCUCGAUGGACACGGACAAGAUCAAAGUGUUCGGAGCUCGAGUCAAGGUGCAGGGAACGGGUCAAUUGGCGGAGCUGGAGAGAGCAGAGAGGGAAAAGAUGAAGGCAAAGGUGGACCGCAUCAAGGCGCACGGCAUCAACUGCUUCAUCAACAGGCAGCUGAUCUACAACUACCCCGAGAGCAUCCUGGCAGAGGCGGGCAUCAUGAGCAUCGAGCAUGCCGAUUUUGAAGGCGUCGAAAGGCUGGCUUUGGUCACUGGAGGCGAGAUUGCUAGCACGUUUGACAGGCCGGACUUGGUCAAGCUCGGUGCUUGCGAUACCAUCGAGGAGAUCAUCAUUGGCGAGGACAGGGUGAGCUGCUGCCCAUGUGAUGCAAGCUGCAGUCGCGGCCAAGGACGCUCACUUACUCACUCACGCUCCCCUCUUUGCCCUCCAUCAGCUCAUCAAGUUCUCUGGCGUUGCUGCGGGAGAGGCUUGCACAGUGGUGCUGAGAGGUGCGACUACUCAAAUGGUAGACGAAGCCGAAAGAUCGCUGCACGAUGCUCUCAGCGUACUCUCUCAAACGGUCAAGGAGACGCGGGUGACUCUGGGAGGAGGAUGCGCUGAGAUGGCCAUGAGCAAAGAGGUGGAUGAGGAAGCUAGAAAGACUCCUGGAAAGAAGGCCAUUGCUGCCGAAGCCUUUGGACAUGCUCUCAGGCAGGUAAGUGGCGCGUCAUGAUGUCGCAAUGUCUGUCCCUUUUUUGCUAAAUGCCGCAGACCGCCCCCGCCUCUCACGCUCGCAUACGUAGCUGCCAACGAUCCUCGCAAACAAUGCGGGUUUGGAUUCAUCCGAUCUCGUCGCGCGUCUACGAGCCGCUCAUCAGGCCGGCGACUCUUCUGCCGGUCUCGAUUUGAAUGCCGGCAAAGUUGCUAGCAUGAUCGAUUUGGGCGUAACGGAAAGCUACAAGCUCAAGAGAGCGGUGGUCAACAGCGCGGCCGAGGCUGCCGAGCUGAUUCUUCGUGUUGACGACGUGCUCAGGGCGACACCGAGGAAGCGCGAGGCGCAUUGA